AUGUUUAAUUUUCUUCACGCCUCUAUUUUUUCCCCAGCCUUUUCCUCACGGCUUGCUUGCGAGGAAAGUUUGCCUGGACAGACACGGGAUUGGAAUGAAGAAGCCCAAGUGGUACAUGAGCUACCGCAGGCUAGCUUCACGGAGCGCCUCCUGCGUGAUCGCUCAAUCUUUAAAUCGAAUAGCGAUUUCGUUGCGGCUGCAACUCGGGCUGCUGUCUCAGUAGUUAACGGGGACGUUGCUCCUCUCAAUCCAAGUGAACCCAAGAAGCAACAGGCCUUCAUUUGGAAUAACAUUUUCUUCUCUCUUGGCUUCGAUAUCAAAGAUCAUUACAAAGAGUUCGGUGGUGAUGCCGCAGCCCAUGCAGCCACGGUAAUUUUAGGAUAUUUUAGCUAA